CCUUCAUCGACCGCCUAAUUUGCAAUUUUGACAAUAAAACUCAUGUUCGGUUUUUCGAUUUAGUCAGUCUGACCGAUGGGGAGAAAAAAGAUCGACAGUUCACAGGCCUCAUGUGAAUUUACCUUCGGCACACAUGGUUUGGAGGACCUGGAGUCCUCCUACCCUACACUUCUGAAAGUUGCCGGAUCCUGUGAGCUGCCGCUGCUGGAUUUGUCUUCUAUUCAAAUGGAAUUAGAACAAAUUCUCGCCAGCGUUGUGGAGCGUAUGAUUUGCUUAAAAUCCGAGUCGAAAGGAAAAGAUUUACCUGCCAGCGUCAUUUCUGCACUCAAACGUCAUCACGGAAACAGAGAAGCUGAAUCUAAUCAAAAGUGUCUCUCAAAACCGUCGUUAGUUGUGAAGGCUAAUCCUGAUAAACCUCUCACUUUGAUUAUAUCCCAACGUUCUGGUCCUUGUCCUAAUCCCCAGACAACGCUACCAAGUGUCUCAACUGCAGUAAAACCUGCAUUCGGCUUGAGACGAUCUAGCAGGUCUUCAGUUGAAGAAGUAUCGGAACUCUGUUCACCGACAUCCCCUGACAAAAAUCUGUUGACUUCAAGUUAUGUUAUUCCGAACAAGUUUUGGGAGCUUAUGGAACCUUACUGUGCUGAGAUAACAGAAGCAAAUGUCAGUUACUUGGAAGGCCUUAUUCGAUCAUAUCAGCAAUUAGAAUCAAUUUAUUUUCAUCUACCUACGCUUAAACAAACUGAGGGGUGUAAACAGGAAGCUAUUGAAGCACCAGUUCAGAAAAGGCUUAGACGUGAUUCUUCUCACACUACUCAACAAGCUACAAUUGAUGAAUCCUUGUAUGCAUCUAAUAAAUCGCAUUCAUUCAUGGCUGCUACUCAAAUGCACUAUAUGAAUAAAUACUUGGAAAUGGAGUUAAAGAAGCCUAUUCCCGAGUCUUCUAUGCUGUGUAAAAUAUCUCAGUCUCUUUUGGAAUCGUGCUAUCAAAAUGAUGUAUUGACGAGUAUCAAUGAAAAACUGCAUUUACGUACACACAAAGCAAACUCAAAUAAUGAAGUUGAAGAUAAUUGUUCAGCAUGCACUGAUCCUAGUGGUUCAGAUUAUGGCAGUGUAUCAACUGAAGCUCUUCAUGUAAAUGGUGUUAAUGAUGGUGGUCAUUCGUCAAAUACUACUAUGCAUUAUUCACAAGUGAAUCCGUCAUCCUCUGGAGCUGCUGUCUCAAUUAAUCGUGACUUGUCAAUUGAUCCAAACACACUCACUACACUUGCCAGCCAACCACUUAAAAGUAUAGCUAAACAAUUUCGUGUCAGUUCAUCAUAUCGUGUAGAAAAGAAGAUUGCUCAGGCGAUUGAUGAAUUAGGUUUAUUUCCAUUAAGUAUUUUACAUCCGAAAGUUUCACCCCCGGUUGUGGAGUGUAAAGAAGACCGUGGUUCACACAGAUCACCCUCCAAUGCAUUGUUCAAUGGUCCUGCUUCUCAUUCAACUAAACUAAUUAUUCGUAAGAAUAAAACCACUUCCUCGAAUUCCUUAAAGAUUAAUGAUGUCCAAACGUCACCUGAACGAAGUCCUAUUUCAAAGAAACGCUGCAUAAUUGACGAAAGGACAUUAUCCCCCUUACCGGAAAAUGCAUGUAACACUCUAUCAAAUUCAGUCGAUUAUCUAGACAAUGAAAGUCCUACUGAAGAAGGUUCACCUUUAAAAACUGAAGAUAUGCAUGGCAACCCAGUAGUAGAUGGAAGUGAUAAAGUUAGAUCUCCUUGGCAUACAAAAAGAUCAAAUCAAAAGAAAUUAAAAAGUCCAAAAUCAAUACGUUAUAAAAAUAGACUACGAAAUAUUGUGAAUAAUAAUAAUAAUAGUAAUAAUAAAACUGAGCUACUUUGCAAUGGAUUAUUAUCUCCCAGUAGAAAUGAUUCCAUUGUGUCAAAGAAAUCGGACUGUCUAUCCAAUCUUUAUACUACUGAUCAACGCCUCCUUAAUGCUGCUGAUACUGAGUGCUACAAUGGCUCAAAUGAUUAUCUGUUAAGACAUGAACAGGAUAUUGAUAUCUCCCUUCCAUUCAAUCCUCGUAGACGAAAUACCUUCCCUGCUCACUUAUUAUCGGAUAACGAGAGACGACCAACCGAGUCGAUAGGUCUCACAAAUCUGCACCACCACCACCCUUGCCUCCUACGGCAUGAUCACCUUUCACCAAAUCAUCUCUCUCUGUCUAAUUGUAACGGAGAUACUAAACUGUCAGCUGACUAUUCAGAAAAGCAAAAAUCACUCCUUAUGAAUGGUGAUGAUUUGUCAUUAUCUCAGUUGCAUAACGAAAAUUUGAUAGAACACAAUCGAUCUAGAGAUAAGUUGAAUCUAAGUUGUAACACUCUUCUUCAUGAAGAUUAUGAACGAAGUCAAGUACUCGAAUUCAGUUCACAUCAAAAUACUGACCUCACCGCUACUCCACUUCAUAAUUGCCGGUUAAAACCUAAAACAGAAUGUAGUUGGAUGGAAGAGUCAAAUAAAACAACAACAGAUCAUAAUAUUACAGGAAAGACUAGUCUUCAAAUUUCUACAUCUCUUUUGCAGACUAAUGAUAUAAAGUCAACAGACGAUGAUGUUCUUCCAGCACACAUUCAAAAUCCCAUGUUUAAUACAGACACAGGCUCACCAACACAAUAUGCACUUUGUGGUGAUGAUAUUGGUUGGGCUAUCAUUCAGCGUCAACGAGAACUACGAUUACUGUGUACAUCUAACCAUCGAGUUCUUCGACGACUUGUCCAGGCAGCUAGACGAGAUAUGCAACGCCAGGAAAUACAAAGACGUUUAGCAAUUGCAGAUGCUGAUAAUACUUUGUGGCAGCGAUUUUUCACGAAGUCUUGUCGUCUUUUCAGUAGGAGAUCUCUAUGGAAUGUAUAUACUUCGAGGUCAUACAUUAUACCAUUAAGUAGGUGUUCAUAUAACCAUGAUCAACAGAAAACCUCUGGUCAGCCAAGACUGCUUGUUAAAACAGCUUUUGUUACUGCAUUCCUCACAAAGAUUUGGAAAGACGAAGAAGACGAUGAAACCAAUCUUUCUCAAAAGUUGAAGAGUUUUCAUACUCCAAUAGUUGCUAAAUGUGCAGAGAUUGUAAGACCAAUACCUAAAGACAGACAAGCUGCAAUUAAAGCUCUCGAUGUCGUCGCAGAUGUCGCUCAAGAUGUACAACCAGCAGUUGUUUCAAUUACCAGUACCGACAAAGGUUUUCUUUCCCUACAAACACGUUCAACUGGCUCAGGCUUUAUUGUGGACAAUUCAGGUCAUGUAGUGACAAAUGCUCAUGUGGUUGGCUAUCGGGGUGAUGUUAUGGUUCAUCUAUGUGAUGGUCGUUCAUUUCCUGGUAAAGUUCUAGCAGUUGAUGUAUCCUCAGACUUGGCACUUAUUCGAUUAGAUGUAAAGAAAAAUGUUGCUGAAAGCCUUCCACAUCUACCAAUGGCUGCUAAUUUACAAAGAAUUCGUCCUGGCCAGUUUGUAUUAGCCUUAGGAAGUCCACUGAUGUUGGCUAAUAGUGUCACAGUUGGUGUUGUAUCUGCAGUCGAUAGAGAUCUCGGUCAUUCAGAAGGCUUAAAAUAUAUUCAAACUGAUGCUAUAAUAACAUUUGGUAAUUCAGGUGGUCCAUUGGUGAAUUUAUACGGCGAAGUUAUUGGAGUUAACGCUAUGGUGGCGGGUACAGGAGUGGGAUUUGCUAUACCUGUCGAUCAAGUUCGAAAAUUUAUACAACUGGCUUUAACAGCAUCAUCAAAAUCUCGAAGUUCUUCGCCACUUACAUCAAAAUCGCCUACUGAUCCAUAUAUUUUAGCAGACAAUUCAACUAGAACAGAAAGUGGAACCCAACGUCGGUACUUAGGCUUAGUUAUGCGAACACUGACUCCAGAACUGGCCUUCGAAUUAGCUUCUCGUGGUGAACAUCAAUUUGUAGAAGUGCAGGAUGGUGUCCUAAUUCAUGCUGUACUCAGAAACUCUCCAGCUCAAAGAGCGGGAUUGAAAGCAGGUGAUGUAAUAGUUGCCAUUGAUGGUAUACCUAUAACAAAUGCCCAGGAAGUGUAUACAGCAACAGAAAGUCGAGAACGAAUAUCAAUUGUGAUAGUCAGAAAAGGAAAACGUAUAACUAUAGAGAACAUUCAAACUGAAAAAGUCUGAGACCUAUGAACUUGGUUAUAAAUACUUGGUGUUUGUACUACAUUUAUUCCUUACUGUGUACACUUGUAUUUAUGACUGCAUUAGUAUACUGGGCUUUUUUUGUUAUUGACUUUUUUUCAUUCCUCUAAAA